AUUCACUAUUAUGUGUUCAACAUUUUAGAUCCUCACUCUCUCAGUCUCUCUCUUAUGUGUUUCUUAGACGUGGACACGUCCUCCAUCACAACAUCACAAACUGGCGUGUCCCUCGUUUUAUUUCUGCAGUAAAAUUCAUUAGUGUGAUCUGCAUAAUUCUGAUUAACACUAAACAGUUUUAUUUGAGUUAAGCUUAUCUUUCAGCUCGUGUUCUAUUGUUCUUUGUCAUGCAGAUGCAGACACUAUUCAGAGGCAGAGAUUGUUGAGAAGAUAUACGAAGAAGAUGCCAAAUAUAUGUGUUUUGUAGUGGCUGUUUGAUGGUGAAUUGGCAAAUUGUGUUUUAGUUAUUGAUGGAAUCUAGAAUGUGAAGUAUCACUAUCCAUGAUAGUUCUCAGUUAUGGGGUUCUUAAACGUAGAGAAGAAAUGGUUAUAUCCUUUCAUAGUGUGUUUUGCCAUAUGCAUGCUCUUACUAGUCUCAUCCUUCAACAUGGAUCUUGUCUCUUCAAUUCACUCCAUCAAUUCACUGUUUUUCUUUCUCCCAUCUCAUUUACGCCCAAACCAAACUGAGCCGGGUUUUGUGGAGAGGAAGGCUUCUCCUGCUCCAGCGCCGGCUAGGCCUGUGCUUCCUCGUUUCGCUUAUUUGAUUUCAGGCUCCAAAGGUGAUUUGGAAAAGCUUUGGAGAACCCUUCAUGCACUUUAUCAUCCCCUAAACCAUUAUGUUGUUCAUAUGGACCUUGAGUCGCCGCUUGAGGAAAGGAUGGAGAUUGCACAUAGAAUUGAAAGACAACAUGUCUUCGCUGAGGUUGGAAACGUUUUUGUAAUCACAAAGGCUAACAUGGUCACUUACCGAGGACCAACGAUGGUUGCUAAUACUCUUCAUGCUUGUGCCAUUCUGCUCAAGAGAAGUAAAGACUGGGAUUGGUUUAUUAAUCUUAGUGCUUCAGACUAUCCUCUUGUGACACAGGAUGAUCUGCUAUAUACUUUUUCAGAUUUAGAUAGAGGCCUUAACUUCAUUGAGCACACAAGUCGGUUAGGGUGGAAGUUUGAUAAACGAGCAAUGCCUUUAAUUGUAGACCCUGGGCUUUACAUGUCAACCAAAUCUGAUGUAUUUUGGGUCAAUCCAAAGAGACCUUUGCCAACAGCAUUUAAAUUAUUCACUGGUUCAGCAUGGACGGUAUUAUCACACGACUUUGUUGAAUAUAUUGUAUGGGGAUGGGACAAUCUGCCAAGGACCCUUCUCAUGUACUACACUAAUUUUCUGUCUUCCCCUGAAGGCUACUUCCAGACUGUUGCAUGCAAUGCGCCAGAAUGGGCUAAAACCCUUGUCAAUAGUGACUUGCAUUACAUUGCCUGGGAUGUCCCUCCUAAACAGCACCCUCACGUCCUUAACAUCAACGACACAGACAAAAUGGUUGAAAGUGGUGCUGCCUUUGCAAGAAAAUUUAAGCAAGAUGAUCCAGCCUUGGAUUGGAUUGAUAAAAUGAUUCUCCGCAAGAGAAAUGGACUAUUUCCACUCGGUGGUUGGUGCACCGGCAGACCCAAAUGCUCCGAGAUUGGGAACAUUUAUAAACUCAAACCUGGUCCGGGAUCUCAAAGGCUUCAUCGCCUUGUCGCGGGGCUAACUUUGAAGGCUAAAUCUGGUGAGGAUCAGUGUAAAUAGAUUCCGUUGGGAACUUUUUGUGGUUGGAAAUGGAAGAGUUGGAUAGAUGAAGGUUAUUCUUAUAACCAGAUACAUUAGUAUUCCAGCAUCUACUUGAAGGGAGAAAACUUUUUGAGGUUAGAGUGCAAUUGCACCUCAUUCAUAAUAUAUAGCAAAUCAAACCCAGAUAUUUAUUAACUUAGCUAUAGUUAGUUGCCUCUAUGUGAAGUACCAAAGAUGGCAUGAGGGUCAUCUUUCUUUUUGUAGGUCCUUUUUACCAAUAGAGGUAACACAAUUUUUUAGCAACAUCAUGAUCCCGGAAAUUCUAUACAUUUUUGUUUAUGCUUUUUGUUACUUCAUGUUUCAUGAGCCACCAUCUUUUUGAUGGACAACAGAAUUUGGAUAAUUAAAUAUUUAAAUGCUAGGCUCAAUCAGCCAAAAACUCUGCUAGAUAUUUAUUUAUCAUGAUCAAUAUUUCAGUGGAUUAUACA